GGACCCGCGAGGGCGGAAGUGCGGGCCCGCGAGGGCGGAAGCGGCGGAAGCGCCGUCCCGUGAGAGUCGGCUACCGGCGCCAGAGUAGUUGCCGCCUCCGCGCUAUGGCGGCGCUUGGCCGGCAGGUCUCCGACUGGCACCGCCUGAUCCCCCGCGCCUGGGCCCACGUUGCCAGGCAGACUCCUCUCGGAGCACAGAAGAGGACGUCUGCGUCUUUGUCCUGGCAGCUGGCCACAGCUGCCAACGGAGGGGGCCGCCGGACAGUAUCCUCUGUGGAGCCCAAAAAGUAUGUGCGGGACCCCCUUGAGGAGCAGAGGACUCCUGUGGCUCGAGGGUUCUUGGAGCGAGAGAAGGUCAUCAGUGCCCUCCUGGACAUGGGUUUCAGGGACAUCCAAGCGAACGAAUUGCUCACUAUGUGGCCAAGUGUGCCCCCUCAGCAGGUGCUGGACAUCGUUUCAGAAUUAAUCCUCUUGGGUUUGAACCCGGAGCCUGUGUAUGUGGCCGUGAAGAAAAGCCCCGAGCUGUUGAGACUGCCUGUGAUGCAGAUGCGGAAGCGCUGCAGUUACCUGCGGAAGCUCGGGCUCGGCGAAGGGAAGCUCAAGACGGUGCUUCUCUGUUGCCCCGAAAUCUUCAGCAUGCCCCAGAGGGACAUCGGCGGCACCGUGGGGGCUCUCCGGGAGAAAUGUCUUUUCACAGCACAACAGGUGACCAAGAUUUUGCACAGAUGCCCCUACGUUCUUCAGGAGGACCCCGGCGAACUGGAGUACAAAUUCCAGUAUGCCUAUUUCAGGAUGGGGGUUCGGCACGCGGACGUGGUAAGGACCGACUUCCUGCGCUACUCCAUCACCAAGAUCAAGCAGAGACACGUGUUCCUGGAGCGCCUCGGACGGUACCAAACCCCUGACAAGAAGGGCCAGACCUGUGUCCCCAAUCCUCUGCUCAAGGACAUCCUCAGAGCGUCGGAAGCUGAGUUUCUGGCCAGGACGGCCUGUUCUUCUGCUGAGGAAUUUGAAGUUUUUAAGAAGCUCUUUGCUCGGGAGGAGGAAGAGAAGUCCAUGAGCCCUGUGCGGGACAAUGAAAGCUUGAGUCUGGACGAGGAGGGGGAGGGGGAGGGGGAGGGGGAGGGGGAAUGA